UAUAAAAUAGCUUGAAAUACAUUCAAUACAAUACGUUUUCACCUAUUUGAUAUUUCAUAAAGUCAAAAAGGGUAAAAACUUUGCUGUUUUUUUUUGGUAAAAUGUCUACCAAGAAGAAUGACAAGUAUUGUUGGGAAUGUUUUAAGGGUAAAACUUCUCUGUCGUGCUCCGAAUGUUUACGUUCGUUCCACAAUAAUGGAAAAUGUAUUUCAAAAUAUGAUUGGGCAAUUGCUGAUGGAAAAUUUAUGUGUCCUGUAUGUUUUGAGGCACAACAACUAGAACAAAGGGACAAACAACGUGACUUGGACAUGCUUCCAGUGAUUAUCGAUAAAGUGUGGAAUAACGAAUCGUUCGUCUCGAUCAUGGACAUUCUAAAAGAUGGCAUCUACCCGGGAGCCGAUUCAACGGAUGUCAUUGUUAAUCCAAUCAGUUUAACGUCAAUCCGCGACAACAUCAUGAAAUACCGCAGUUUUGAUGAAUUUCUUGCCGACAUUCACUGGAUCCAUCACAACUGCAUGAUUUUGUAUUCAAAAAAUGAUGUAAGAACCGAGAUGGCCGCUCUGCUCGGCAAUAAUUUCAAGGAGGAAAUCGACAGCUUACAAUCAUGUUUUGAAUGUUAUAUGAACGCACUCAAUCAUCCCAAUGACUGGUUCACUAUGGUGUGCGAGGAACCUCAUCUAAUAGUUUGGAGCAAGGUUAGAGGUUAUCCGUACUGGCCGGGGAAAAUAAUGUGUGUUGAUGUCAACGAUAUUUAUGUGAACUUCUUCGGUGAACACGAAAACGUUAUAGUAUCGUCUGAAAAGUGUUUUCUUUAUUCUGACACAAACCCUGUUCAGCCCGGUUACACUUCGGAACCAUAUAAUUUGGCACUGAAGGAAGCCCAACAGUAUCUCAAUAAUAUCCAGGAAAAGUUUGGCGCAUAUCAUUUGGUCACUGUAAAAACUCCGCUCAAUGCGAAGCUGAUCGAUAAAUAUAUUGUUGAUUUCGUUCCUGGAAUUGUUCGUCAUCGUGAGGCAAAGCGAUUGAAUGCCACCAAGCGCAAAACCAUUUCGAUGUUAAUCGAAUCCAAUGAUGAUUUUGAUAUGCCAAAUCCGAAAAGAUCUCGAGGUAAUGAAGCAGAAACACCAGGUCCAUCCACACUUAACCACAACAAUAGUUCGGCUCAUGUUUUGUCAAUUAAAAGGGAGAAUGAAAACAACGAUUACACCGAACCGAUGUUACAAAUGGUAUCGAACGAAUCGAUUCGUUAUUUAAUUGACAACGGAAUGAAUGUUAACAUUUCACCGCAAAGUUCAAUGUCCACCUCGCAAGAAACCUUGAAAAAUUCGCUGGAAAAUAUUCUCAAUGUGGUCCAAUUGAAUGCAAAAUUGAUGGAAGAUUUGAAAAAAUCGGAGCAAAGGCUUGAAACUGAAAUCAAGUCUUAUCAGACCGAGAUCAACAAUCUGAAACAAGCACAUCGAAUUGAAUUGGCCGGAAUAAGAGCUGGACAUGAACAGCAGCUACAAAAAUUGAAUAAAAAAUGGGUGGAACGAUCGAAAAAUCGAUUGGGAAAAUUUUCUGAAAAUAUUAUGCGCCUUGUAGGUGAUCAACAACGUGAAGCAAUCAAAAAUAUUGAUGAUGAUGAUGAUCUGGACCAGAUAGCGGUAGAGUAAUGCAUAAAACCAAAUCCAUCAGACAUGAUCACCUGCCAAUUACGAAAAAACUUCUACGUUCGACUACUACGUAUAAACAAAAAGCUAAUUCUCCAAAUAAUAAUGAUUAUUAUUUGAUUUUCGAAUAUUUUGUUUUUCAUGCGAGUAACAAAACA